AUGGCCACCGAGCGCUCUUUAGCGACUCUAUUGCGGUCGUUACAGAUCGCCUCCGAGCCUCAAGAUGCCUUCGCACUACUCCCAACAUCAACCAGCUUCCUUGCCAUGCUCACAAAUCAUUUGAAUGUGACUCUCCUCUCAUCUCAAUUACUCUCAUCACCAGCUAUUUGGGACCAUCGUGUCGACCUACACACCUGCCGCCGAAUCCUCAGCGUAUUCAACACCGCCGCGAUCGGUAUAUUACAAAACGAGGCAUCCGACGAGCCUCGUGCUCCCUACACAAAACGCGGCCUUGAACGAGAAGCAUGGGUAAAAGCCGUAAUCAACGGUGCGGACGAAAAGUCUCCCCGAUGGCGUCAUGUGCUUCUCCUCGGUGGUGUGUUGCUCGGAUUCGAGGGUCAGAAUAGGCAGGGACUCUCACACAGUUUGCGGAGUAAAGUCGAACGUGCGCUUGUGCGCGCUACGGGACUGGCGAUUGAAGAGAAUCUCAAUAUUGAUGGGGUUGGCGGGUAUGCGAUAAUUAUGGUGCUCAAUUAUACGUUUGAGCUUCUUUCGGACUAUCAUCGGAGCCAAAUCAACUAUGAUCGCAUAUUGCCGAUUAUGAUUCAGGCUACCUACUUCUCAAGUGAGGGACUCGGCAGUGCCUAUUUUUUGGGUGCUAUAGAUCGCGAUAUUGUUGAAGGCAGAGUGUCUAAGAAGUUCGGGUGGGCUGCAACCUCGGCUACAUAUCAGAAUGUCAAAGAGAUAUCAUCCAGACCGUUGAUAGCGUCGCUGGGUCCAUUGUCGCGACUCAUUGCACAUGCCAUGGAGAAUGUCACCGAUCCGAAUAUCGUUUCUGAUGGUAUGAGCUCUAUCAAUGACUUUGUGCGGACAUUGCUGGUUCAAUGGCGCCAAAACAAGUUGUCAGAAGUAGAUCCUUCAGAGGAAGCGGAGUUUCUGGAUGCAGAGUCGUUGAAAAGCACUAUCCCAGAUCUCUUGCGACUGCUUCGGUCGAUUAUGUUUUCGGCUGUUAUAAUUCUUCGAGCGGUUCUGGGCAGGGUGUUAAAUGAUAGAGUGCUAGCUGCUGGCAGUGUGGCACCCUUUAUCGCUGUACAGUCAUUACAUAUUCUACGAAAUCUAUACUUUAUCACAUCCCGAACAGGACAAACCUCGUCAUCUCAAUAUUCAUUCGUCAAUCUCGUCGCCAUUGACAUCCUCGCUCAAUACCCCGAACUCGCUGAAAACUUCCUGCGAACCAUCAAACCGAUUGAACUGGGUCAAAUCCCUCCUCAUCCUCUAGAGCGCUGUCUUGAUCUUUUCUUCUUGAAUACAUCUGAGCAUUUUGCUUUGAUACUACCUCCUCCUGCGAACGAGGAACUGAUCAUUGCCGCUGCCACACCUUAUCUCGCUGCUGGAGGGAACAAUCAUCUUUUAGAAAUCUUUGAAGCUGCGCAUAGCGUGGUUUUGGCUGUUUUCUCCGCGCCGCAGAAUGCGGAUAUUACUGCUAAACACCUACCAUUUUAUGUCGAUAAUCUUUUUGCAGUAUACCCACAAAACUUAUCAGUCCGCCAAUUCCGUUUAGCAUUCAAAUCUGUCGUGCGCAUCGCCGCACCCCCAUCACCUCUGUCCAAUACACAACCCCUUCUAGCAGCAACACUCCUCGAACUCGCGCACGAACGCGCCCUCACAGCAUCUUCAACCCUCCUCCCACCAUCAACUCAGUCCUCCACCGAAAAUGCACUCGAAACACCACCGGCCCCUCUAUCUGAGAAAUCAGGCAUAAUCCUCGCCAUGAUCGAUUCCUUCCCCUGUUUGCUGGUCGAAGACCUCGAAGAGUUCUUGCCGUUAACUGCACGACUCAUACAUACUUUACCAUCUGGCGAUGAAGCAGCACAGAGUGUUCGCAGGACGUGUAUUGAGCGGUUCUGGGAGGUACUGAGUAACGGCGAGAUGGAUGUUGAGAGAGCGAAUUUCUGCGUUAUUUGGUGGAGUUCGAGGGGUGGAAGGGAACUUUUGCUUUUUGGAGAGGAUCAUCAAGAUGGGGUCAUGGGACAGCAGCAGGAGGAAGAGGUUGUUAUGAGUGGAGGGCUUGUGGAUGUUGUUCCGAGGGAGAGCAAGUUGUGA